AUGGCCUUUGGAGACAUGUCUCUGUAUCGAGGAGUCGGGUCUGCUCUGAUCCUGCCCAACACUGUCCUCAUCCCAUGUAAUGCUGCCUCCCACUCCCCACAAGGGCAGAUCUACAAGGUCCACACUCUGCAUGUUGCCACCCUCGCGGGAGCCAAGGAGCAGGGCCCAGUGUCUGAGGAGGAGGGUGGAUCUGGCUCGUCUGCCCUGGAUUUGCUUUCCAUGCCUGGCCCUCUGUCCUCUCGACGUCUCUCAGUGUCUGCCUCCAACGGCACGGCCAUCACCGAGUUCCUGCUCGAAGGCUUCUCAAGCCUGGGCCAGCAGCCACGGCUUCUGCUGUUUGUCAUCUUCCUGGCGCUGUACCUGCUGACCCUGUCAGGCAAUGCGGUCAUCGUGUCCAUUAUCCGCCUGGACCGCCAUCUGCACACGCCCAUGUACUUCUUCCUGAGCCUGCUCUCCCUCUCUGAGACCUGCUACAGUAUGGCCGUCAUCCCCCGCAUGCUCCGGGGCCUACUGUGUCCUCAGCAGCCCAUCACGCUGCCUGGUUGUGCUGCCCAGCUCUUCUUCUACCUCACCUUUGGUGUCAAUAACUGCUUCCUGCUCACAGCCAUGGGCUAUGACCGCUAUGUGGCCAUCUGCAACCCGCUGCGCUACUCGGUCAUCAUGGGCAAGGGCGCCUGCGUGCAGCUGGCAGCUGGCUCCCUGGGCCUGGGCUUGUGCAUGGCUAUUGCACAAGUCACAUCCGUGUUCAGCCUGCCUUACUGCCGUGCCUUUGUUGUCCCCCACUUCUUCUGUGAUGUUACCCCACUGCUGCGGUUGGCCUGUGCUAACACCGCUGCCAACGAGAUCCUGAGCCUGGUCAUUAGCUUUUUGGUGUUAGUGGUGCCCAUGGGCUUGGUCUUCUUCUCCUAUGUCCUCAUCAUUGCCACCAUCCUCAAGAUCGCGUCAGCCGAGGGCCGGAAGAAGGCCUUUGCCACCUGUGCCUCCCACCUCACUGUGGUCAUCAUCCACUAUGGCUGUGCUUCUAUUGUCUACCUCAAGCCCAAGUCACAGGGGUCCCCAGUGCAGGACCGUCUGGUGUCAGUCACAUACACGGUCAUCACACCACUGCUGAACCCCGUGGUAUACAGUCUGCGCAACAAGGAAGUGAAGGAGGCUUUGCUUCGGGCCAUGGGGCGCAAGCUGUCUUCUGCCUAA